AUGUCUCUCGAUUAUGGAGUCAAAUACACGCCCUCUACGGUAUCCGCUGGUAACAUUUCCAUAUCCGAUUUGAAUACCUACGGUAUCAAACACGUCCGUAUACAAUGGGUUGACUUGAUAAACAACGUCCGCUAUCGCGUAGUCACCCUUUCUCAUUUCAACAAACUGCUCAAGUCCUCUCGUCCGAGUAUUUCUGUGACAAAAUGUGUUUUUGGUCUCGUCUUUCUUGCCCUUGCUCCAGGGUUCAAUGCAGUCGGAGAAUAUCUCUACGUGAUAGAGAUUUCGACACUCAGACUAUGUUCGUAUGCACCUGGACACGCUGUUGUCAUGGGCCGUUUCGAAGAAAAAGUCCCCAUUAUGAGUCCCAGCCAUAGCCUUUCUGUACAAGUACCACUUUGCCCUCGAACAACCCUUCGCCGGGUUACUGAAGACGCAAAGCGGACACUGGGUGUUGAAUUCCUCGUUGGAUUCGAGACAGAAUUCAUUCUUCUGAAGUCCACCAAUCCAAUUGUAGCAGUUAACAAUCACGGCUGGUCGAACUCUGCAGCGCUCGGUGCCGGAACCGUGGAGAGUAAGGUCCUCGAAGAGAUUUCAGACGCUCUCGUGGCUUCGGGCAUAGAGGUACAGAUGUACCAUGCUGAGGCAGCUCCUGGUCAAUACGAACUUGUAACCGGUCCCUUGCCUCCCUUGGAAGCUGCCGAUGCGCUCAUUCACAAACGAGAAACUAUCUUUAAUAUCGCUAGCAAGCACGGUUUGCGAGCUACACUCGCACCUCGAUUGUAUAAAGAUAGCUGUGGAAGUGCAGCUCAUGCUCACAUUUCCGUCCAUAGUACACCUGGUCGUAGCAAUGGGGAACUGUCGCAAUCCGUAGAAAAUGCACUGACCUCUAUCGAGUCUUCAUUCCUUGCCGGCCUCUUAUCUCACCUCCCCUCUGUUACGGCAUUCACUCUCCCUCUACCCGCAUCCUACAGUCGGAUGCUAGACGGUGUUUGGUCUGGAGGCACUUAUGUCUGCUGGGGAACCGACAACCGCGAGGCCCCGAUUCGGCUAUGUAACGCAAGCUCCCUGUCUUCACGUAACUUUGAAGUCAAGUGCAUCGACGGGACGUCAAAUCCAUACCUUGUGCUUGCAAGUUUACUAUCUGCGGGCUUGUCUGGUGUUAAAGAUAGCCAGAAGCUGGAUGUGAAAGAUCUGAGUGAUACUAAGAGUGCAGCACAGUUGGACGAAUCUGAACGUCGAGCGAUAGGAAUCACGCAGAGGAUGUCGCUCAGCUGGGAAGAGGCCCGACAUAACUUGGCAAAGGACUCUGUGAUUAAAGAGUACAUGGGCCAAGCCAUGGUCAAUAGUUACUUGGAUGUCAACGAAAUAUUAGCAAGAAUGAUGGAAGCGGAAACAGAAGCAAAGAAAGUGCAGCUCUUGGUAGAAAAUUAUUGA